CAAAACAGCGUGUCGUUUCUUCACGCCUAAAAAACAUCAACCAUUUUAUCUGCUUCUCAACAAAAUAAAAAGAAGGUUUUAAGGCCGGAGGAGUUGGGGAGUGAUCUGGAUCCGCCGGCGAACAAGUAGCACCGUCGCAAUAUCCUCCUUUCAUUUCGCCGGAAUCAAGACAGGUACUUCUUGUGGCAAGCAUUCUUUGUAGGAAAAAAAAAACGGGAAGAUGGAAGCAAAGUUCUUUCGGUUCUUGAAGAUUGUUGGAGUUGGAUACAAAGCCAGAGCUGAGGAAGCAGGGCGUUUCUUAUACCUCAAACUGGGUUACAGUCACGAAGUUGAACUCGCGGUUCCUCCGGCUGUUCGUGUCUUCUGUUUCAAGAACAAUGUGGUUUGCUGCACUGGAAUCGACAAGGACAGGGUGCAUCAGUUUGCUGCGACAGUUAGGAGUUGCAAACCUCCUGAAGUUUAUAAGGGCAAAGGCAUAAUGUACAUCGACGAAGUCGUCAAGAAGAAGGUUGGAAAGAAGUCGAAAUGAUCUUUCCUUUCCUUUUUCUAUGCUUCUUACCAUUCUCCUUUACGGAGAACUUUGGUGAUAGAUUUGGGAUUUGCUUAUCAGUAAUAAGUUGUACUUGGAUGUAUGAAACAUCAUUUUGUUGUUAAGUCACUUUGAAUCAAACAAGAUUAGAAGAUUUUGUCUUCAAACGUAAA